AGGCACCCUGCCACGUGCACUUCCCACCACCAAGAUGCCCAAGAGGAAGGUCAGCUCUGCCAAAAGGGUGGCCAAGGAAGAGCCCAAAAGGAGAGUGGCCAGAUUGUCGGCUAAACCGGCUCCUGCAAAGGUGGACGUAAGGCCCAAGACAGCAGCUGACAAGGAGAAGUCACUGGACAAGGAGGUGCAAGCCAAGGGCAAGAGAGGAGCAAACGGCAAACAGGCCAAGGUGGUCAACCAGGAUACUAAGGAAGAUGUGCCCACAGAAAAUGGAGACACUAAAAAUGAGGAGAGUCCCGCCUCUGACCAAGCCAAGGAGAAGGAAGUCAAGUCUGAUUAA